CUUCCGUCCUCAUCCUGCCUACUCCCCAGUCCCCUGACAUCAUCUUAGAUUGGAUACACGUGAUGUAUUUGCAUCGUCUUGAGUGUGUGUGUCUGGUCCAUCCAAUGCCAAGCCACGUCGAUCGCGGGGUGCGAUGCGCGAGGAUUGGGUCGGGGGGUGCCUCGCCUGCAUGCACUGCCUUUCUCCAGUGUAACUACAGCCCCAGGCUCCCGAUGCUGCCGAUCCACGCACGCGGGACGGUGGCGCGGGUGGCACUCUUGACUGAGUGGGAUACUUAAGGAAACCAAGCUCCACCUCCCAUACUCGUACCUUCUUCUAUUUUAUCUUCAUUGAAGAAGUCUCAAUUAUGAUAUCAUCCAGUCCAUCCACCUCUCGAUUCCAUCUCGUAUGUUAACCUACUCACUCAUCGCAGCUUCGACUCUCUCAACCGCAGCGGCGGCCUACCCCGUCAACGCCUAUAACGGCUACGGCCCCGAUGUGCUCUGCGUGUAUCCCCUCUCCGGGGCUUACGCUCCUCUCCAGCGCAUCCUCUACUAUGCCCUCCUAGCAUACGGCGUCCUGGGCCGUCGCCAGCCAUGGCUCGUCACCGGUGCCCUCGCCAGCUCCAUGUCCUACGGCGGCGCAGCGGCCAUCCACUCCGUCGUCCUGGUGACGAGGGCCCGGUCUCAGUACGCGCUCGACCUGGACAUCUACGGCGUCUUCGCCAUCACGUCGGCGGGCGUCAUGCUCACGGCGCCGCUGCUGGCCUUUUCGACGACCCUGCGCACCGUCGGGAAUGAAGUCCGGACAAUCAUCAUGCUGUGGGCUUCCCUGAUGCUGCUUGGCGCCAUCCUCGCCGUCUGUGCCAUCUAUGCAAAGGAUCACUUCAUGGAGGCCCCUACCUGCCUUCCUCCGGGGGUUACCGUGUUAUCUGCCGCCGCCUCUCUCCUGGAGAGUCCGACCGAUAACUGCACCUACGCAUGCUUCCCCCAAGAGCAUCCGCUUCUCCGCCGGCCGACCGACAUCAUGGCGUGGCCGAACAAGACGGAUCCGGCUCAGUCCGUCACGGGCGUCUUCCUCCCCACCCUCUCUUCUGCCAUCCCCCUUGCUCUUAUAUACUUGGUCACCUAUCUCAUCCGGAAGCGGCGGGGCGAUCCGUGUCCUGCCACCAACCACGCCACCUCGCCCCCGGGACUGGCGAGACUCGAGCUGGGCUGGAUUGGCGACUGGCUUCGGCGGAGACGGCAUGAUCGUGCGUCUUCGGCUGCCGGGUCGCCGGCCCGCGCACAGGGUCGGGCGGAUCGGCGUUUCAAGUUCCGGGCGGCAUUCCAAUACUACUGCGUCCUCGUCUCCUUCGGCGCGUUUGUCGCCAAUACGAUUCUGAACGAGGUUCGGCUCCAGCCACUGCCUGCGGACGAGAUGCCGUACGAAGUCGGGCAGUGGGCUCCCUGGGUCAGUGUCCUGCUGGUGGUGGUUGCGCAGAUCAUCAACCAUUUCUCAGGGAAGAGACGGAGGAGGGAGAGCAUGCGGGACGAAGAGGGGGAUAUCUGUGCGCGGCAGCUGACUGGUUCGACAUUACAUCGGCAGUCUACGGUGGGAUCGGGCGAGGCGAGCAAGGAUAUGGCAUUCGAGCUGAGGAGAUCAGAUACCGGAGAGUCCGAUUUUAAGCGGAGGAACAGUUUCUGAUUGGUUUUUUUCCGUUCAUUUGGUUUCUCGAUUCUUCUUCCCUUUCGCUUGGAUACCUGUCAGGAACGCCACCCAAACAAUGCCUCUUCAGCUCCUCUAUAUUUUACCAAGCCACAACCAACACCUGAUAUAUGAUUGGCUGUACCCUGGUUGUUGGUGCUGGCGAGCACAGGGUAGCGUAGGGGUUUUAGUUCUUACUCAGAUCAAAGCUGGCCGCUGGCGAUGAAGACCUUUGCUUUCAUCCGCCCCCUUGUUGCUUGCUGGAUUAAGUCUUCUCAAACA